CUGUAAAUUUCACAUUAUAAUUUCUUCUUCAACAUCCUAAAAAAUGUCUCCACAACAGUUCCUCACAUCUCUUCUUCUUCACCUCUUACUCUCUUCCACUCUCACCGGGGGAAUACAACUCAUCCUCGUAAACAAUUGCGAAGAGAGCAUAUGGCCCGGGAUACUUGGUGGAGCCGGCCAACCAACUCCAAAAGACGGCGGCUUCCAUCUCAGCAGUGCAGAAGAAAUAGUCCUCGACGUUCCCGAAAAAUGGUCGGGAAGAAUCUGGGCCAGACAAGGCUGUUCUUUCAACAACAACGGCAGAGGAUCCUGCGACACCGGCGACUGUUCCGGCCAACUUCACUGCCGAGGAACCGGCGGUACUCCGCCGGCAACCGUAGUGGAAAUGACUCUAGGAUCAUCUUCUUCUGCAAUUCAAUACUAUGACGUUUCACUUGUCGAUGGAUUCAACUUGCCGGUGUCCAUGAAACCCGUCGGCGGCGGGAUUGGGUGCGGGCUGGCGGCGUGUGAAGUGGAUUUAAACGUUUGUUGUCCGUCGGCGUUGGAAGUGAAGAAGAAAGGGAAGAUUGUAGGGUGUAAGAGCGCAUGUUUAGCAAUGCAAUCAGCAAAGUAUUGUUGCACUGGGGAGUAUGGGAAUCCGAAAACUUGUAAACCAACUUUGUUUGCUCAUCUGUUUAAAGCGAUUUGCCCGAAGGCUUAUAGUUAUGCGUUUGAUGAUUCUAGUAGUUUGAAUAAGUGUAGAGCUUCAAGGUAUGUUAUCACUUUCUGUCCUCCAAAGUGACUGACAUAUACGUCUGAAAACAUAUAUAUAUACACAUAUAUAUAUGUAUUUGAAGUUUACUUCAAAUGGGUUUACUUCAGAAUUGGUUUCUUUCUUUUAGGAGUACUUGUAUGAUCUCAGUGGUCUUUUUUCAAGACUGUUAAAUGAUAUAA